AUGAAAAGAUUUAUUUCAAUUCUAUUAAUUGCAUUGACGUUAACAGUUCUUGCUCUUUCAUUCACAUCAGGAGUUAGUGCCACCACUGAAGAACAAGCAUCAACUCUCUCCUUGUAUAUUAGAAAGUAUGGAAAUAAGAAGAGAAAUCUCAAGAAAUACAGAUUAAAGAAGAGAAAGAACAACAGAAAGCUCAACAAGUACAUUGAUACCUAUGGAAGAAAGAGAAGAGGAUCAAAGAGAUUAGGAAAGAGGAGAAUUAUCAGAAAGAAGGUUGAUGUUUAUGGAAAGAAGAGAAGAUUGAAUAAGAAGAGAAGAAUUGAUACCUAUAGAAAGAAGAAUAGAAAGAAUAAAAGAGGAGGAAAGAGAAAUAAGAAGGUUGAUAUCUAUAAGCGUAAAUAG